GACCACCGCAAAGGAAAGAGGCCGUGGAUCCGGGAUCCUCCGGUAAAAUAUCACAAACCAGCACAAGGGAAGGACAGAGAAUAAAUGAAUGGUCAAGCGGUGUGUGAUUUUAUGUCGGUGCCGUUACUGUCCGGUGUGCACGGGUCCCGGUCUGUAACUCACAUCAGAUCCUUCAAUCCGAGGAGAGACGGAUGUUCAACCUGCUAUCUGGAUCUGAAUCCAGCCAGAAACGGGACUUCUUCUCUCUGAUGUGACGGAGGUGAACGCGCCCAGAAAGCAACUCUGAGGCCACGUCUGUCUGGCUCAGUGGAAACUCCAGACAGAUCGCUGUUCUGAGACGAGAAAGUCGGGCACUUUGGGAGCUGAGCCAGUGAUCUGUAGGAGGAGAGAAGAUUGAUUAAAAUGGGGCUUCAAGUCUUUGUACCUGCUGACUGUGCGUCUGAGGGCUGCUCUCUCAGCCCACAGCCAUGCCAGACAUAAAGCCUCCACCACUAUGUGACUACCCCUCCACCUCCUCAACGGGCUCUCCUGCUGGCUGCGCCUCUCCCCUCGGCCUCAUCAUAGACAUGGAGCCCUGCAUCGCCAACCUCCCCCUGGCCCCCGACCCCUUGUCCUCCUUCCCCCAACACAGAUCCAGCGUCCCUCACUACCCAGGCUUCCAGGGGCCUCACUACCCGCUCAUGGCCAGGUGCAACAGCAGCACCUUGCUAACUAACUUGGGGCUAAGGUACUGUUCCAGCAGGCAUGGGCCUCUGGGGGCGACGCCAGGUCAGGGGCUCGCUCCGGACUCCUGCAUCCACACAGGAAGCUACGUCAGCAGGCCUUACAGGAGUAUGGAGAACCUCAACUGGAACGCUGUAGCAGAUUCUGGCCUGUGCGCAUUCAGUGCUGCCCCCUACAGGAGCGUGGAUAGUGAGUUUAUUUUACGCUAUACUUCGACUAGCCACUGGUGCAGCGGGCCUCCAGAUGGAUCUGUGGUGGGGGCCCAUGGACAGGUACCCAACCCAGAAAGCCUGGCAAUUUACCCUCGACAUGGACAGUCCAGGAAGGACCUACCACUCUUCCCUCAGUUGCUGUUUCCAGGUGGCGUCGACGAAUGUGAUGCAAGGAAAGGCUUGAGGGAGAAACUCCGCCUCCAGAGUGCAAGGUCAUCAGUUGAGCCUCUGAAGCCCCUUCCAUUGCGGCCUCAGGUGAACCUGGGUGCUGUACCCAUCGAACGGGAGGGUGUGCAUCAUGUGAAUUCAACAGGUGCUGGGUCCAGGCCGCUGUGCACAAUGCGCAUCACCAGCCCAGAGGAGAUCAAACAGGAGGUCCUGAGGCGCUUACAGCUCCGGCGGCAGAACAGCAGCCCCAACCUGGCUCUCCACAGCUCCCCAUCCAGCCCAGAAGUGGUUAAGACAUCCUACACAACAGACAACAUUGCAGGUAACAGGAGUAGAUCAGAUUCUGCAUCUGAACGCUGCAGAGCUCCAGUAGGACGCCUACAUAUCCCCACAUUUGAGGAGUUUAAGAGAAUGAGACAGAAAGAGGGAGGACAGAGAGUGUCCACAGCAGGUUCUGUGGUAUCUGGAAAACCUGAGGCUGACUUGCCACAAGAACCAGCAACGUCAGACAGUAAGAUGCCAACUUCUGAUCGGACUGUCCCUCAGUCAAGCUCCAGUGGAGGAAACAGAGAGCAGCAAGACUCUGAGGAGGUGGAAGGAGAAAUAAGCAAAGGUGAAAGGACAGGCAACAGUGGUGAAGCCCCGCAGACUGUCACCUCCUCAGAGAAACCUCCAGGUAACAAUGUGAGCAGUAACUGCACUGUAGCUCCCAAUUCCUUGGCCAGCUCAUUCUCUCCCAUCCGCAUGGGCCCGUCUCCACGUUUACCCCUGCAGCCCCUGGCCAGCACAGCCCAGGAGAAAGCCUCCACUGCAGGGCAGGAUGAUGGGAGCAGCAGACGUAGGAGGAGCAGUCUGGAACCAACUGGGUCAGUUCCCUUCCCGCCCAGCAGGGAGAACGGGGAACGGCCCUCUAGCUGCUGCCCAGCACUCCUACUGGAGGGGACAGACCUGUCCAGCUACGGAGCCAAAAUCUACAAGAUGAAGGAUGGCCUCAUCGGCUCUGCACUGGACCUCAUUAAGAAGAGCUGCAGUGCAGAGAUCUCCGCCGAGGCCCCCGUCAGGCUGUCAGGUGACCGGGACGGAGGCUGUGACAUCACCGCCCCCUCGACCGACUGUCAGCCCUCCGCCGUUGCCAUGGCAACGUCGGCAACGGCCUGCGGAACCGAGGCUGGCGACGAGACGCCUGCAGGAGGAGGAGGAAGAGAGGAAGCAGGAGAAUGCCACACCGGUCUGGGCUGCAGGCGCUCCAGCUCAGAUGCAGCCUAUGAGCUGGCUGAGACGGUGAGGGCCCAGCGCGAGUGCCGUCUCCGGCCCCACUACAGUGACCCUAUGCCAGCCGACGCCUCCAAGCGCAAACAAUUGGAGAUGAAGAUCGCUGCCGCCGCCAGACUCCAUGGUCAUCGCAGAGACCGCGACAGAGACCGAGACAGUGCUCCAGCAGCAAUUCGUGGUCGCUCAGAGCCCCCUGGUGAGGAACGCCAGGCGGGUCUGGGUGUGACUCGGUCCGGGCAGCAUCGCUGGAGCACCAUUAGCAGUCUGAGUGCCGACAGCGGAGUGGUGGGGCUUAGUGAUGACCGGGAGGAGGAGGAGAGCGAGCCUCGUCGUUACCGCAAAAGCCGGGGAGCCGAGGUGGAACGGGUGGACAGCGGCAUUGGGCCAGGUCUGUCCCGUACCUGGAAGAGACCAUCUGCUUCCCUAAGAGCCUGGGAAGCCCAGAGACCCUGUCCAGACUGUGGACUGAGGGAUGGCGCCUCCAAAGAGCGAGGAGAACGCAUGUGUGAACGUUGCUCCAAGUUGCGUACCGAGCGCAAGGAAGCCAUCCUGGAGUUUCUGAACACAGAGUCGAGCUACGGCGAAGACCUGCGGAUCAUCAAGGAGGAGUUUUAUGGCCCCAUGCAGAGUGCUGGGCUGCUGACAGCUGAGCAGCUCGCUGUGGUAUUCGGUAACGUUCAGGAGCUGAUAGACGUUAACGACCGAUUCACUGAACAUCUGCAGGACAGCAUCGACCAGGCUUUUGACCAGGGAGAUGAAGAUCUGCUGACUGUGUACAUAGGAGAGAUCUUUCUGGAGUUUGUCAACAUGCUGCCUGCCUUCCAGACCUACUGCCUGCAGCAGUCUACCUCGGUCAACAUGCUCAACACGCUGGAGAAGGAGAAAGAACUGCUCAGAAUCUUCCUGGAUGUUUCCCAGAAUGACAACACGGCACUGCGUCGUAUGAACUUGCGCUCCUUCCUCAUGGCACCCCUCCAGCGAGUGACUAAAUACCCGCUUCUAUUGAGCCGCAUCAUUAAAGUCACUCCCGAAUGUCACCCCGACUAUGCACGUCUCCGUGAGGCUAAGAGUCGGGUAGAAUCCCAUUUGGAGCACAUCAACAUGAAGACCAAGCAGGAGGGCAACGGCGUCACCUGGUCCCUCCGCUCAUUCCGCCGUGACAGCCGCAAAAACCGGGAGGUCAUCAACAUCGAGAUGCGAGAGGUAUCAAUGAAGACCGUGGGCUGGGCGAGAGAAAACACACGAUUUGUCAUGGAGGGUCCCCUCCAGUUGUCCCAGCCACCAGAUGGUCAGUGGAUGAAAAAGGGCAGCAAGGCCCUCAAGUUUCAAAAUGUCCAGAGUCUGCUGAUGGUGAGCACACAGCGGCCCAGUGAAGCCCCAGGACAGGGCACCGACCUGGGGGCAGGGGGGGACCAGGGGGAGGGGGGUGGAGAGAGCAUUCGGGAUGGAGUGCUGGUUCUAAUCAAGGACAAGAGCAGUGGAAAGUUCACAGUGCUGAGAGAGCCCAUACGUCUGGGUAACUGCGUGGUGUCAACAGAUCCGGACUGUGAGGACACAUUUGAGGUGCUCGACAUUCGUCGGGAGUCUUUCGUUUUCCGAGCCUCGGACAAAUCUCGCACCCAGCAGUGGUUCCAUCAGAUUAAGAGAUAUGCCCGAGACUUGGGCACCUGGAGAAAAAGACGCAAUGCUUUGCCCAACAUCAUGAUCAACACAAACCAGACCCGCUCCUGAGACCAACUGUCCCCAGCCUUUGUUACACUGUAAAUAACCCAAAUCCUUGUACAGCAAAUCUAAACUGACAACAAGAAACGUUUGAAUGACGCCACUGUUAUAACAUGUUAGACUUCAGUAAAAUAAAAUCUUCCUCAAAGUCUCGGAAGGGUAAGAAAAAGAUCUAGCACUUUUUUCUUACAAAACAAUAAGUGCAACAUACUUUCAUACAAUCGUGUAUGAAGAUUUAAGUUGUUAACAAAAGAUCUGAUUCUUGGACAACCAAAAACCUUGGGCUUGUCAGCCUUGAUUGUAAAGACUGUUUGCUCAUGUAGAAAGAGCAGGGUUUAGGUAAAUAAGGUGCGUUUGUUGGAAAGCAUGACUGAACAUGACUGAUUGCAAAAACAAAAAUUGUAAUCUAAUUUUUUUAUACAAGACAGUCGAAAGGGGAAACAUUUGUUUUAGUAUGAAGAGAUGGAAAUGUGGUCAAGAGCUUUGUCCAGUGGUUUCUGUCGUCACUGCCCUCACCUCUCUGUGUGCCGCCCUCUACUGUAUGUUGACGGUAGAGCAACUUUCACUGCCAGAGAUGCAGUUGAGCAAAGCCUCCCCAGCAGGCUGAACAUACCUCCUGUAUCACUGUAAAUGAGAAGUCACAAAACAGCAAUAAUCUCUACCAGUUUCAAAAUAAGUAGCUACUGUAUGUAUUUAAUUUCUCAAGAUUUCCUUUGGCGUUCAGGUCUUUAUUCUGCUCUAACGCGCGCUGUUACCUAGUGUCAUGUGGCAGAUUCAGGUCUCAAAUCUGAACAUGUUUGACAUUGGUAAAGCUUCCCUUCAUCAUCCUUACACCAAGGAAGUCUCUGUCCCACUCAGUCACUGGAGUUAAGAUAAUGUUAGUGCCAUGAACGCAGUUUGUGAGAAGUCUAGUCAGUCUCCUUUGUGUUAACAUCAUGUCAAACACCACAGUUUCCCCCCACGUGUUAAGUGCAGAGUUUUUCAGCCUUUGGUUCGGGACCCCAUGUGGGGUUGCACGGAUCGGGCCAUGGGACAGAUUAUUUGAUAGAUCUAUUUGUAGGGUUGCCACAAACAGUUAUUUGCAUUAUCAAUUAAUCUGAUCAUUCGGUCUACAAAAAUAGUGAAGAAUGGCUUAGUUAUUUAAUUUACAAGUACAAACAUUUCAGAGAUCAAAAUUGUGUCAAUCAAACUAACCUAUUUACUUAUAUCAGCACUGAGAGUUUGUAAAGAACUCGAAUAGGUUUGAAAUGAGUAUACAUAUAUAUGCUAUCUUUAUAUUGUCAUACCAUGAAAUCUCUCUGGCUGCUGAGGUCAUGACAAUUUAGGCAAUUUUAUUUGACUCAAAAAAAUAAACCCAUCCCACCCAUCUCGUCAUGACAUGGUUUUAACUGUGUGUUAUGUGACCUAGCGAUGAGCUGUUGUGCCUUGGUACUUGAUUACUGUUAUGCUAAAACAUACUGAAAUAUUUGCAACAUGUCACAGUAGCAUUUAUAUCUGGGAUCCGGACUAGACAGCCCUCUGUUGGCACUUAAGGACGAUUUACAGGCAAUAUAAUUAUUCCUCUGACAGUGAUCACCUGGUCCUCUCUUGUUUUAGUGUGUUUUCAUUUAUGAAAGCUUUUUGUUUAAUGCACUUUAUUAUGAUUCAGUAAUAGAAUGCUCUCCAGUGUAACAUGUCAUUUUUUUUAUUCACAAUUAUUCAUAUUAGAAGGAACCUAGUUGACCGAAGCAGAUUUCAGCAGGUCAACGCAAUACAGUCAUCAAACCAAAUCCACUAUUUAAGACUGAUACUGUUUCAUGUUUGAUAUAAAGUAGCACUAGAAGAGGUAGCAAAUCACUGUGUUUUGGAGGGCAGGGCUGCUCAGCUCCACACCAAUACUCGUGCGCUGUCGUAGGACAUGGUUUCAACCCUUUCAACAUAUAAAAAAAACAAAGCCUGCUGAGUUGCAUAUGGUUUCUUUUGGUUUUGUGUUGCAUUUGAAAGACCUAAUGUAUUAUUUCCCCAAUGUAAUAUAUUGUGAAUUAUAUUAAAAGAUUUUAAACACAA